GCCGCGCCGCAGCGCCCCGCACCGCGCCCCGCCGCCCCCCGCCGCCCCCGGCGGACCGGAGCCGCCGCGCGGGGCCGCCCCGGGCCGGGCCAUGCGCUGAGGCCGCCGCGCAGCCCCGCAGCCAAGGGCGGAUCCCGGGCAGGACACGCGGCGGCAGCAUCCCCAGGACAAGAUGCCGGAGCAGAGCAACGACUACCGGGUGGUGGUGUUCGGCGCCGGCGGCGUGGGCAAGAGCUCGCUGGUGCUGCGCUUCGUGAAGGGGACCUUCCGGGACACCUACAUCCCCACCAUCGAGGACACCUACCGCCAGGUCAUCAGCUGCGACAAGAGCGUCUGCACCCUGCAGAUCACCGACACCACGGGCAGCCACCAGUUCCCGGCCAUGCAGCGCCUCUCCAUCUCCAAGGGCCAUGCCUUCAUUCUGGUCUUCUCCGUCACCAGCAAGCAGUCCCUGGAGGAGCUGAAGCCCAUCUACCAGCAGAUCGUGCAGAUCAAGGGCAGCGUGGAGAGCAUCCCCAUCAUGCUGGUGGGCAACAAGUGCGACGAGACCCAGCGGGAGGUGGAGAGCAGGGAGGGGGAGGCCGUGGCCAAGGAGUGGAAAUGCGCCUUCAUGGAGACCUCGGCCAAGAUGAACUACAACGUCAAGGAGCUCUUCCAGGAGCUGCUGAACCUGGAGAAGAGGAGGAACGUGAGCCUCACCAUCGACGGGAAGCGCUCCAGCAAGCAGAAGAGGACAGACAAAAUCAAGGGGAAGUGCAGCAUCAUGUAGAGCCCCGGACUGGCCCGUACCCCCGCCCCAGUCCCCCCCUCUCCCCCCCCACGACUGGACGUGGCAUCGCAGCGGGGCCGUCCCCUCGUCCUCCGUGCCAUCACUGUGACUGUGCGGGGACGCCGCAGCACGCCGGCGGUGUGGGCUGCGCUCGCCCCAGGUCUGGGGGCACAGACGGGGCCCCCCACCGAGCCGAGGGAUGCUCGGCUGCCCCGCGCCCGGCACAAUGGGGCCGGGGACACGCGUCCAGGGGAGCACACGGACAGACACACACCCCCUACCCCCACUCUGCAGCACAACCGACGGCACUGGCGGGUCCCUGUCCCCAUCCCCAUCCCCCCCCCAGAGGGGGACCCCCACGGCGAUCCCCGUGGGUGGGAAGGACGGUGCGAUGUGGGGGUGUCCGGUGUCACCCUUGGGGACAGUCACACGCGUCCCAGGCCCUCCCUGUGCCCCCGUCCCAACGCCAUAGCGCUCUGCUCCUGCAGGCAGAGCCCCGGGGCGGGAGCAGCCCCCGCAUGGUGCCCGCUGUCCCCGAGCCCCCCGUCCCGUCCUGGCACCGCGGCCCUGUCCCCGCGCCGCAGCCCGGAGCCGCCAGCCCAAGCACAAAGCAUCGGGUCCGAGGGAGGUCCUGACCCAGCACAAUCCUGGUGAGCUCCGGUGGGAGGACCCCCCCCCCCCAGCCCUGCGGUCAGACGGGCCCCCCCACACCCCCCGCUGCCCCUUUCCCACGCACGAUGAGCCCCACAGCCCGGCUGGGCCGCGAUGCCACGGUGAUGGGCGCUGCCGCGCUCUGCCGUGGUGCCCGCGCCAGCGGUCAGCGUCCCCUCGCUCCCGCAGCAUCCCUGCUGGGGGUGGCCUGGCCCCACACCCCGGGGACCCCCGACCCCCCCCCUCCCAGCUCUGGUGCAACCCAGCUUGUUCCCCCACGGCCGGAGCGGGGCCUCCCCGCUGUCACCAGCCCUUCGUCCCAGCGGGGUUUGUCCCAUCGCUCCGGCCCCGCUCAUCCUCCGCUGGGGCCCUGGGGGUGUCCCUGGGGGGGUGGUCCCCAGGGGAGGGGUCCCGGGCAGGCUGGGCCCCCGCGCUGCGCCCACUCCUGGCUUUUUACAACACGACCCAAGCGCCCAGGGGACAAGGUGACGUUACGAUGUAGCCUUUAUUCUAGAAAUAGUCUUCCUUCAAUAAAGAGAUGAGAAACGCU